AUGAGCCGACAAAGUCAUAACACCACCUUCAGCCACAUUUCUCGCUCGCGCUCCAACAACGGCUUUGGUGUAGACGACCUAGAAGACGAAGCCGAAAAAGAGGAGGAAGGAGCCGACGCGGAAGCAACAGCAGCCCGCUCAGGCGCCGGCGAGACCAUCAAGGACGAAGAAGAGAAGCGCUUCGAGGUCGGCUGGGAAGGAGGCGACUCGGACCCUCUGAACCCGCGAAGCAUGCCGACCUGGCGGAAGUGGAUCAUCAUCGCCGUGCUGAGCAUCGGCUCCUUCGCCGUGACGCACGCCUCGGCCAUCUACACGGCUACGUACACGCAGAUGAACGCCGAGUUCCACUGCUCUCGCAUAGUAGCGACACUGGGCCUCUCGUUCUUCGUGCUGGGGAUUGCGAUGGGACCGUUCUGGUCGCCGUUGGCUGAGUUCUACGGACGGAGACCCAUCUACAUUUGCUCGUUUGCCGGGUUUCUGAUCUGGCUGAUCCCUAGUGCGGUGGCCAAGAAUAUCCAGACUAUGAUCAUUGCGAGGUUCUUUCAGGGUCUGGCGGGCAGUGCGUUUCUCAGCGUGUCCGGUGGCACCGUGGGCGACCUGUUCAGUAGGGAGAAGUUCCAGUUGCCCAUGGCCAUCUUUGCGUUGUCGCCGUUUAUUGGACCGGCGACGGGGCCGUUGGUGGGAGGAUUGAUCAACACAUUCACGACCUGGAGGUGGACGUAUUACUUCUUGAUCAUUUGGGCCGGAGUAUUGCUGGCGUGUGUGAUGGUGCUGGUGCCGGAAACAUAUCACCCCGUCCUCCUAAAGCGCAAGGCUGUCAACCUCCGGAAAACCACCGGCGACAACCGCUACCACGCCCCCAUCGAGCGCACCACCAAGUCGGUCGCCUCCACCCUUGGCAACUCCCUCCUGCGACCGUUUCAGCUGCUCCUGCUUGAGCCCAUGUGUCUCAUCCUGGAUGUCUACUCCGCGGUUCUCCUGGGCGUUUUGUAUCUCUUCUUUGGUGCCUUCCCCCUCGUCUUCCGCACCAACCACGGCUUCAAUCUCUGGCAGGUCGGACUUACCUUCAUGGGCCUCGGCGUGUCCAUGGUCCUGGCCGGCUGCAUCACUCCCGUCUGGACGCGCGUGAGAAAUGGCCUGGCCGAGAAGCGAUUCAAGAAGACGGGAAUCAUGAAGGGCGAGCCUGAGGACCAGCUGCCGCCCGUGAUUGUGGGUGCCCCGCUCAUCACGGGCGGUCUGUUUAUGUUCGGGUUUAGCACAUAUCCGUGGGUGCAUUGGAUCGUGCCAAUCAUUGGGUCGUCGAUCUUUGGUCUGGGGUAA